GCAAAUAAAAAUAGUCGUGGUGGUAAACUUAAACAACAAGAGAGUCUUUCUAAUCCACCAGAGUUUACACCUUUGCAACAUGAACUUCCUUUUUAUGAAGGAGGAUAUCCAAUCCUUCCUG